UUUGACAAGAUGGAAGAAUGAUGGCAGAAAAUGACAGCUAGCAGUCCCUACGAUAAGUUGAAUGUAGGCGAGGCCGCCGACUCGGACGAUGAGGAUAAGGUCAGGGUUUAUGGCGCAACGAGAGUUUCAGCUCCUUUACAAGGAGCCAAAAUUCGAGACUUGGACGAAGAAAAUAAAGAGGAAGAAGGCACAGAAAUUCCAUUACAACAUUUUCAGAUAUCUUCAACCUUUUCGUUCACAACAAAAUCCACUUAUAAGAAGUACCGAGAAAAAGUCUUUCAGACCAGGAGAACUCUUGCCAGGGGUGUGUCCACCCAUUCUCUUUCCACGUGGUCAAGUGAAACCAUUGUGUCCACUCGGUCAUUCUCAGACAGUGACAGUUGGCUGAGGCACCCAAAAGUCCGAGAGAAUUGGAGAGUGGUAUUGGGUUCAUUCGUUCUUACUACAAUUGGUUUAGUAUUGUUUUUUGUUGGCAUUGGAAUUUUAGCAUCACCACAAAGAGGUCUUCACUGUUUGGUAUUUUUCAUCAUCGGCCUGCUAUGUUUUAUACCUGGAGUGUAUCACCUGGUGUACAUAUACUUUGCUGUCCAAGGCCGCCCAGGCUUCAGUUUUUACAACCUGCCAGUACUGAAGUAGACAGCAUGGGUUAUACCAGACACUGACAGAGGAUGACGUUCAGUCCACAAGCAUCACCAUGUGACCAUCAUGUGACCACCAAGUGACCCCCAUGUGACCACCAUGUGACCACAAGCCCCACAUGGGUUUGUUGAUUGGUGAUUUCAGCCUUUAGAAUAACAUAGCAAUUACGUCAAUGUGAACUCUGUCAAAUUCCAAUGGAUGGUUGUUUCCAAUAUUGUAUUUAUUUUGCAGAUUACAUUGUUUCUAGUAUUUGUUUCCACUGUGUUAAUUUCAAAUGAAGUGACCAACAUUCAAAUGAUAAAUAUAUGUUUAAAAUUGCCAGUUUGAAUAAAUUUAACAUGAGUUUGCUUGUCCAAGACAAAAUUAUGCACAGAAUUGUCGAUUAGUAAAGUAUUGGCACAUAUUGAGGUAUCCUCGGCUAAGACUCAUAAUGUCUUCAACUAGAUCAUCAUUUAUUCAAUGAAUUUUGAUUCACUCAAUAUUUAGCAAGUCCUGGUAGAUGAAGGUCAAGGCUGUCAUUCCUAGCAUGCCCCAGUAACAGCCAUAAAUCACUGAUUUAUUUUGAGUGGUAUUCUAGAAGUUGGUGGUAUAGAGAUGACAAAACUUUAUGGAUGAAAAUAAAGAUGAUCCCCCAUCAAGUUUUGUCAUCUCUAUAGAUCUCUGUAUAUAUCUGUAUAUAUGUGGAUGACAGUUACUAGGAAUAUGUGUUUCCUUGCCCUGGGUUUACUUAUAGUUUUACCUAUUCUUACUGAGUUCUAUUAAAAAGCACAAAAAUACAAGAGUGUUAACACGACACUGAAUUUGACAUUGAAAAAUUCAUGAAUUUUUGAGAUAGCACCUCCAGGAAGGAGGGGCACAAUUCUGGUGUCCCCCACCGUGAUAUUGAUAAAAGUGGCUUAAAACUAUGCUCACUCACUCACUCUAGGCAGAAAAAAGUGCUUCCACACCAUGCCCUGUUAGAUGGGGCUCUGCUAUAAUAAAAGCUGAAAUUAUCGCAGCAAAUCUACAUCAUAUCACUGACAUGUCCAGAGUGUCUUGUAAGCAUCGAAAACCACAGACUGUUUUUUGACAAAACUUGUAGUGUGAAACGAGGUUAAAUUGUGCCAUGCAUGUAAGUGCUAUUAUUUGUCACUGAACAUACCUUCCCAAACAAGUGUUUUGUUAAAUAUAAGCCCAUGGGCUUAGAAACAUUUGAUCGUCAUUCCAUUUAUAUGCCCAUGGACUUAACCUAGCAAGGUCUGUGUGCAUUUCUGGCUUUUCAGUAUGGGGAACAUGCACUUGUCAAUGAGAUUGACUCAUGUCUACAAACCCAACAAUUGCUAUUCCUUCACCUGCUGAUUUUACUGUUAGUGAAACCCGUGAAGGUCUGGGUUAGAAUUGGUCUUCAGUAACACAUACUUGUUGUAAGAGACGACUAAC